AUGCCGUGCUGCCGCGGGGUAUGAUUUUGCCUGAGAAUAAACUGAACUAUUUUAUUUUUUAUCCACUGUUAUGAGUCGGUCGACUUUGAAGUAAUGUUUUGGUUUGAGCAUGUGAUCGAGUAUAUUAGCCCAACUCCCUCGGUGUAUUUGGGCUUUUUUGAUCCUCCUCGUCUUGAUGAUGUCGAAAUUGAUCUUCUAAUUGGUGGAAGUAUUCUUAUUCUUCUUGGACUGACCAUCAACUUUAUUUUGUUUGUUUAUAAUCAUGUAAGUGUCAUUUUACUCAUAUUAAUCUGCAGUUCAACGAGAUCUCGACAAGAAAAAGGGCUCUUCGACUUCGUGAUGCCAUGAUAAUACCACCAAGAUGUGAUUCGAAAGGUCGAGAAUUGGGAAUGAUGACUGGGAGAGACUGGAGAGAUUACUUUAUAAGAGAAGAACCCUUUGUUGAAGAGUAA